GUCGAUCAUUUGUGCUCGAGUAAAAACCCCCAAGUCAUGAUAGCUGCAUGCUGAUUUUCAACUCCGGCCUCGUAUCUCCCGCGACCUAGUGACGCCAUACGAGUCAGAUUUUAGCAAGCUUACCUCGGACAGGGGCUUCGACUCACUCCUGAUGGCCUCGCAGGGCUCACCCACCUUAUCAGUCCGACGGGCGUCCGAUCAUGGCCGUUUCCCUGCCCCCACUGGGCGCAAUAGGCUAGGGUGACUCAAGAACACCAGACGCCGUCAUAUAAGAUGUGCCGGCCGCGCAAAUGAGUAUGCGGCUCCUGGUCGCAGACCUCAUCCAAACGGACCAUGUCAGUCAUGGCGUGGGAUUCCCUCCCUGCCGGGUAUCCGCCCGUUGUUAUCGCUCUCUCCGGUCUUUUUGUCCUGUGUGGUCUGGGAAGAUACAUACACCUGCGCCGCGCAAGCAUCAAAGUAGUCCCCAAUUAUAAGGGGCUGCAGAAGGAGCUGCUUGCUGUUCUACUUGCCGGUCUCCAUCUCGCCGCCCUCAUCUCUCUCAUAACCUCCCAUGCCACUCCGCUGUUCAUCGCCUCGGCUGCUGCGGCUUUUGCGGCCUCGCUUCUCAUUCCAGCCCUCUCAUUCAUCGAGCAUGGUCGCUCGAUCAGCCCAUCCGCUAUUCUCAACAUAUACCUCUUCGCGUCUCUGGUACUGGAUGCUGUCGGAAUUGCUUGGCUUCGGAUUGUUACCGGCGAUCGCUCCCCGUCCCCAUGGAGAAUUGCCGUGCUGGUAGUGACCUCCGUGCUUCUCGUGCUGGAGUCCCAGAACAAAAGAGCUAUUCUGCGUGAGCCUUUUCAAAACGCCUCCACCGAGGAGACCGCUGGCAUCUUCAGCAAGACAUUCCUGGUCUGGAUUCUCCCGUUGCUUCGGAAGGGCGACAAGCAGCUACUCAUACUGGAUGAUCUCUUUGACAUGCACAGUGAAUUGUCAUCUCAGCUGCUGCGUAGCCAGAUGCUGAGACACUGGGGCAAACGAUCCUGCUAUAUGCUGCUAUCAAAUGCACCUUCUGGCAGAAUGCCAGAGUGUUUCCAAUCCUGUUGCUAGUGAUCGUCUUCCAAUAUGCCCAGCCUUCGUUUGUCAGCCGUAUGAUUGCCUUCGUAACAACGCCCCUGUCGAGUGAGGAGCAGCGUUCCGAGGCCUUGAAGCUACUUGUCUCUGUGGUCGUCGUCUUCGUCGGCUUCGCUAUUGGCAAUGGCUUUGCGGACAUAGCCA